UUUCAAUUCUAAAGAAUGUUUUCUCCUUACAGAUUAGCAAGACAUCUACAAAAAGAGGCCCAAGCGCAGCACAAUAAUUCUGAGUUCACAGAAGAACAAAAGAAAACCAUAGGCAAAAUUGCAACAUGCUUGGAAUUGCGGAGUGCGGCCUUACAGUCUGCACAGUCCCAAGAAGAGUUUAAGCUGGAGGACCUGAAAAAGCUGGAGCCAAUCCUGAAGAAUAUUCUUACCUACAAUAAAGAAUUUCCAUUUGACGUUCAGCCUGUCCCUUUAAGAAGAAUUUUAGCACCUGGUGAGGAGGAGAAUUUGGAAUUUGAAGAGGACGAGGAAGAGGGGGGUGCUGGAGCAGGGUCUCCGGAUUCCUUCCCUGCUCGAGUGCCCGGUACGUUGUUACCGAGGCUGCCCUCCGAGCCGGGCAUGACGUUGCUCACCAUCCGAAUUGAGAAGAUUGGCCUGAAAGACGCUGGGCAGUGCAUCGAUCCCUACAUUACAGUCAGCGUGAAGGAUCUGAAUGGCAUAGACUUAACGCCUGUGCAGGAUACUCCUGUGGCUUCAAGAAAGGAAGACACGUACGUUCACUUUAACGUGGACAUCGAACUCCAGAAGCACGUGGAGAAGUUGACCAAAGGUGCAGCAAUCUUCUUUGAAUUCAAACACUACAAGCCCAAGAAGAAAUUCACCAGCACCAAGUGCUUCGCUUUCAUGGAGAUGGACGAGAUCAAGCCCGGGCCCAUUGUAAUAGAGCUCUACAAGAAACCCACUGACUUUAAAAGAAAAAAACUACAGUUAUUGACCAAGAAACCACUUUAUCUUCAUCUGCACCAGACUUUGCACCAGGACUGACCGGAGGAGCCUGAACUCCUGUGGCUCUCACCAGCCAGUAGCACCCACUGUGGCUCUGUGGGGGCAGGAAGUGGGCACAGCUGUGCUGCGGAACUGAGCGUGGCGUGGCGCGGCGCAGCGCAGGACUCCUUUGGGCCUAGGCUUACUGCAGGUGUCGGACGUGAUCUUCUGUGAACCGUGCACCACCAGUCCGUUUUCUGUCUUACCUCUGCCCUGCCCUGCCCUGCCCCGGAACAGCGCUGCUGUUGAGGUGCGCUCCUCCUCAGACCUGGUGGGCGGAAGGGCGCUCUUCGAGCAGCUGCUGCCGCCGCCCCUGUGCCCCGCGAGCCUGUCUGGGUGGGGCUGGCCGGGCUGGCCGC